AUUGGAGCAGGAGCUAGAUACACGUAUCUAUCCUGGAACGGAGAUUAUGACAGAUAUCGGCUCUCACCACUUUGUCAAGUCUUCUGCAAAGUCGGACAAAGUACUAGUCCCUCAACCGUCAAACGACCCGAACGAUCCUCUGAACUGGAGUCGGACAUGGAAAUUCAUCACGAUCACUAUUGCGACUAUUGCAAACUUUGGGAUGGGUAUCGGUCCUCUGGCCCUCGCGCCUAUGUUUGGGGACUUGAUGGAAGCCUUCAAUACCGACCUCCCAUCUGUAGUCCAAUUCACUGGCGUGUGUAUUUUGGUCCUGGGGGUUCCCCUUUCCGAAACGAUAGGUAGACGGCCCGUAUUGCUGUUCUCGUCACUGGUCUGCUUAGCAUCGAUGAUAUGGCGCGCCAAGGCCACGACUUACGGCAGUUUCAUGGGUGCCUGUAUUCUCAAUGGAUUUGGUGCAGGGCCGUGUGAAACUCUCCAACCACAGGUAAUCACAGACGUAUUUUUCCUCCACGAGCGCGGUAUUUAUAAUACGUUAUUCUUCACUUUCUAUUUCGGCUCUCUGAUGGCUGGACCAAUCAUUGCCGGAUCAAUGGCUUUUAAGGUCGGCUGGAGAAGCUUUUGGUGGCUCAAUGUUGCUUUCUUCGCAGCCCUCAUAGUCCUAAGCAUCUUCCUGUUCCCGGAAACCAAGUGGCAUCGUGUCCACCCGGGCGAAAGACAUGGUAAUGAGGCAGAAACGAGUAUAGAUAUGGGCGAAAACUCCGCUUCGAAAGCAGCGGACCAAGUUUCUGAGCCGCAACAGGAAAAUGCUGCAGUUGAUCCUUUCCUGCACCAGGGAAGACCGUCCAAACGCCAGUUUCACAUAUACCAAUCCAACCCGAACUUUUUCAAAGUUCUUCUGAAAAGUUUCUGGAUCCCAUGGAAGUUGCAUGCAUUCCCUAUUGUCGAGUUUGCUGCGUUCAUAGUCUCUUGGUCUGCCAGCUGCUUCUUGACUGCAAACCUUACGCAAAGCCAGGUUUUCGCGGCACCGCCCUACAAUUGGUCCAGUCAGUCCGUCGGUUUCACGAACUUUGCCACUCUAGCCGGCGCAUUUAUCGGCCUUGCCACAAAUGGUCCCUUUUCAGACUGGAUCUCCAUGCGCGCAACCCGUAGGAACCGCGGUAUCCGUGAGCCGGAGAUGAGAUUACCCGCUAUGCUCCCUUACGCACUUAUUUCGAUCCUGGGGAAUUUUAUCAUUGCGUUCGGAUACCAGCGGGAAUGGGAUUGGAAGCCUAUCGUCAUAGUCGGCUACACCUGCGCAGGCAUUCAGGUUGCAGCACUACCUGCAAUCGCUAGCACCUACGCGAUAGACAGCUACAAACCUGUCGCAGGAUCUGUAUUUGUCGCAAUUACCGUCAAUAAGAAUCUCUGGGGCUAUGGCUUCAGUAAAUUCAUUACACCUUGGACGGAGAGCGCGGGUUACAUCAAGCCCAUCAUGCUCAAUAUGUGUCUUGCUACUCUGUGGACUGCUUCGGGGAUCUUGUUUUACUUCCGCGGCAAGACAUUCCGCAAGUGGACUGCGAAGUCCGAUAUACACAAAAACUAG